AGAUCAUUCCUGACAAUGCAUAAGAUUAAAUAUGGUAAUCAGAUUUUGGAUUUAGACAACCCAGAUAAAUCCAAAGUAGAACAAGACGAGGUCAUCAAAUCUUUAUUUCAUUUUCUUGCCUUUCAAAAUACAUAUUUGCAUUUAAUUCAUGUCUCCUUCAGAGCUGAGAAAUCUAUAAAGGCUUUACCAAGGACAGUGAAGAUUGAAGACCAUCAGCUUCUGAAAAUGAGGAGAAAAAGAAGAAAAGCCUAUAAAAAAUGGAAACUCUUGAAUCCCACGAUAUGUGAGCCUCAGCCUGCUAAUCAAGCAUGCCAAAAAACUGUAAAAGAUCAUGAAAAGGAAAUCAAAGGAGACACCUCAGAGGCUGUGUUUCAUCAUACUGGGGCAUUAGGGAAAUCUAAGGAAAAUGGAGAGGAGCAUACGUCCGCUUCUAUGAACGAAAAGCAGAGUUCCUUUUUUCUCCCUAAAGAUAAGAAGCGACCUCCAUCUGAGAGCAACAUAAGACGGGAGAAGGAAAAUGAUGAUUCUCCUCCACCCAUUUCUCAUCAGCCAAAGAAAGUCUUACCAGUGGUCAUGUUUAAUGACUGUGGAGAAACAUUAUCAGGAAAAAUUCCACUGCAGGAUUUCCCAAACACAGUAGAAAGCUUUAGACAGGAAAGGGGGAAAACUAUUACACAAGUGAAAUGUGGGGAUUUCAAUGUUCAAGUAACACAGAAGAACAGACUUUUCUGUAAAACAGAAAUGCAGUUCCCAACAAAAAAGAGAUGUCCAAAAUGUCACCAGUAUUACCCUGCCAGAUGUAUUCAAAGAUGUUACUCCUCUAGAAGCCACUCUUCUAAAUACAAGACUAUUUUGAUAGAAGAAAUAAAAUCUGAGCCUCCAUCUAAAUACAAGGAAGAAACUGCCAGAACGGAGAGCCCCUCACUGGAAGUUAGCAUUGUAGGAAAAGGAAUUAAAGUUAAAUACAUGAGUAAGAAACAGAAUAUAACAAUUAAUAUAAUUCAUCCUAAAAUAGGGGGGAAAACAGCUAAAUACAGAAGUGUUUCCUCUGAUCACACCACUAAAGAAUGUCCCAGGCUUUCUGUGCAGUCAGGUAUCAGGCUGCCUGAAAAGUGGCAGCUUGAAGACAAACUUCAGAGUUCAGUUGGUCGUCGUGUGUCUUCUCCUAUUGUGCUUGCUGCCCAUAAGGAGGAGAAGCAUGACACAGCUGUGGUUUCUCUGUGCUCAACUCCCAAGAGGAAAAAGGAGCCAGACACACUGUCUUCAGUCUUGGGUGACUGUGAGUUAGAAUCUGCCACCUCUCAGCAGAAGGCCUUUAAAAUUGGGCAGAGCAUGCCAGAGACGUGUUUCUUUGAAGCUGAGACUCUUCUCAAAAAUGUUUUUCAUACUACACAUGAUACCCUAAAAACCAGAAGUUUAAGUGAAACAGACUUAAGUAAAAUGCCUUUUGAGGAUCCUAAAAAUGUAGACAGAGACAGAAAAAUCAACUUUGAUAUCCCAGAAAAUACCACAGCAGACUUGUAUACACAGCAAAGCACAGAAGGAAUAAAUUACUCGCCAUGUACCAUUACUAACAUCUUUCCAGCUCAAAAUGGCAAAGACUCCGACUUUUAUUCUUCAUCUUCUCUGAAUGCAAAGCACAUAGGAGAAAAGGCAGCCAACAUUUAUUGCAAAGGCAGCAAAAUUGCACCUGCAAAAUACUGUGAGAACUCAAAUUCCAAAUCCUUCCCUUCCAGUCAAAAUACUGUGAUGCCUCCCACCCCAUUCUGUCCAUCCCACUGGGCCACCAGAUAUUCAAAACCUAAAGAAUCCCCUGGAAAUACAUUUUCCUUUGCUCACUGUGCAGGAUUUGUGAUAGACUUUGAGGAUGAGCAAGUUGAUGUGACUGACAGAAAUUCUAAUAAAGCCACUUUGCAUAGUGACUGUCUUACAAAUGUGCAGCAAGUAUUGGAAACGAAGAGUACGCAGUAUCCAAUUCCCAGCCUUGCCUCCUCCAGUGGGCUCGCAGCUGGGAGCCCACUCAGCAGGAGUAGCCACAGCUCUGUGCAGUGGGGUCAAACAGAGUCCCAGGCAACUCAUGCAGAGACAACAGCUUCCAGCAAUACAAAAGUGUCAGGCAUGACCUCAAUAACUGAUGAGUUAGAGCAAAGAUUAAUUAUUCAAAGUGAUAAAGAAGGUACAGUUGAUUCUAAUUGUCCCAUGGGAAUGAAAAACCUUAAAGAGUCGCCCAGCUUUCUGGGAAAUGUUGAAAGAGACAAGUUCCUCAUGAGGCCAGUGGUAAAGAACACAUGCCACAGAGAUUUUGAAACCCUAUCAAAUGAGAAUCAUGAUGAAGUCUGCUUUCAAAUGGAUUUUCCACCGAACACUGCUGAGUUCAGCUCUGCAGGGUGCACUGCAGAUAAUCUGUUCCUUAUUGAGAAACCAAUGGCCGGUGAUGCAGACCAAUACAGUAAUCAAGAUGAAAUAAACCCUGGACUAACCAGUUUUAAACAGGAGGCAGCAGAGUGCCAAAGGAUUGCCUCAAUAAGGCCAAAUUGUGAAGGAGAUAAAAAUGACCCACAGGAAAAUUGCUAUCACCAAAUAGACAUACUGCUUUCACCUCAGAAGCAGAAGGCUUUGAAAGAUUGGAAUUUGGAAAUAAAUAGCAUCCUCAAGUUACCCCCGGAACUGGCUCCAAGGGGUACGAGGGCCAGUGAUGGUUCCCAGGAAGAGGCAAUAGACCAGUGGGCCAGGAGGAGGCAGCAAUUCAAAGAUGGCAAAAGAUGCAGCUCAGCAGGGGGAAGUUCAUUUGCCAGCAACAUCACUGAAGGAUCCAUCACCUCGGAAGAUGGCUGCUCUGUGGAUCUUGGCUUUAGAGUUGAUAUUGAGGAAAAAUGUUUCUACACAGAGAAUUUCCACUCAGCAGCGUGGGUUUUUCAAGGGGAUGACGGGAAUCCUGAGGACAGUCCCAGAUGCCUUAGUAAAAAACCCCGGCCAGUAGCUGUCCGAGAGCGCACCGUGAGGCUCUUCAAAAGAACUGGCGAUUAUCCCUGGGGCUUCCGAAUUCAAUUCUCCAAACCAAUCGUGGUAACAGAAGUGGAUACUAACAGCGCCGCUGAGGAAGCUGGGCUCCAGAUUGGAGAUGUGGUGCUGGCUAUCAAUGGCACCAAGGUCACCAGUGUGGAGCAUGCAGAAGCUGUGCACCUUGCAAGGAAAGGCCCAGAUGUCUUGACUCUGGUGGUGGGAUCUGACAUCAGCCGCUGCCCCAACACGCCGUGGCCCGCCUGCCGUGGCUACCUGCACAAGAGGACACAUUCCGGGCUCGUGAAGGGCUGGAGGAAGAGGUGGUUUGUGCUGAAGCAUGAUGGCUGCCUCCGCUACUACAGACAUAAGAAGUGCAGGAAAACAGGAUUCUCUGUAAUGAAGAUGAGUUGAUGGUCCAGCCUACUUCCUGGUACUCUGUAUGUUAAAGUGGAACAGAUCAGACGUUUCCAAUCUGGGUAUACUGCCGAGGCCCCUGAAGAGUUUUACAAAGUACACAUGCAAACCAUCUCCUUUCCACUUCCCCCCACCCCAGGAGGGGUUCUGGAAACUGUGUGUUCAUUUUUAAGCCUUCAAGGCAGUUAUGAUAGAACUGAUCUGUAACCUGGGUGAGUCCCACAACAAAGCCUAUUUCCAUAUAGUCAGAAGAAAACAACAAUAACACAAGUUUGCCAAUUUUUCUUUCAUGAUUCUUCAUCCUGAGAUUGUGUCCCUUCUACCUUCUGGUGAUAAUUUUGGCUUCUUCUUAUGACAUAGUGACAGCAGUGGAUGCUAGCUUUUCUUUAAUGGCCUUCCUCAACAAACUAAUACAUGAAAGCAACCUAAUGUCAAGCACCCCAUAUUUUAAACUUCCUGGUUCUUGAAAGUCAGAAUGGUGCCUGGAGCCAGAGUUUCAGGUCUGGGUUUGCCAGGUGGCAAUCGUGGGACUGUGCUGCCUGCAGAUGUUAUGUUUGGCUUGCACAGUGUUUUUAUAAAUGUUUUAAUUAAAUGCAUUCAGGUGAAGCAUGUGCUAUCCGACCUGCCAUAAUCCCUACUCCCCUCGUCUCCUUACACUGAGCCCAGUCAUUUCAAUUACCCACUAGGCCCUGUGGGGAUUUGAGUAUACGAACCCCAAGGUAGAAUUUAUGGAAAAAAUUAGUCAUAUGGUGGUAUAGCAGUGGGAAUUUAAAUAGAUUUUUUAAACUGCUUCUAGUCCUCCUUGGAAAAGAAAUGUGGAUCUUCUAGUAAGUUUGGACACAGCUAAGGAAAAACUCUUUUGAGUAACUCUAGUUGUGAUCAUCAUCGCCCAUGGUAAAAUAGAAAAAUAUAGCUUUAUUUUUGUUUAUAAAGGGCCAAAAUCAGAUCCCUCUGGUGCUACAAAUUCCAGAAUACAUUAUGCCUGAUCUUUAGAAUAGAUAGCAGUGACUGAGAAAAAUUAAUGGGGCAUAAUAAGAACAUAACAGAAUAAAUUAGCAGAAAAUUAACUCAGCCAUACAGUGUUUAUUCAUGCAACAAAUAUGUAUUGAGUGCUUUUUAUGAGCCAGGCAUUAUGCUAAGUGCUGGGAACACACACACAUAAAAAGAAACAGACAGUGUACCUGCCCUGUUUGUGCUUAUGGUUCCACAGAAGAGACUGAUAUCAGGAAAUGGACUCACAAAUAACAACCACUGUGCAAUUGUGGUUGGUACAUACAAAAAAUUACAGAAUAGGAGAAGAGACUUGUAGUGAUCUGGAUCCCAGAGAUGCAACCACUAGUGAUUUAAACAAGUGAAAUCUAAUAUAAAGUGUUAUUAAACUGUAAUAAAAGAAUAACUACCUGCUGUAAGAAAUUCUGUGGUGCCAAUGGAGAGUACCUGAUCAAGGACAGGAAAAGGAAAUCCCUCCCUAAGGCCCGAGAAUUCAGAUCUCCUUGGGAAAUGUAGUUAAAUCCACUGGAUGGCAGAGCAGCUCACUGGUUUGCUGGGUCAGAGCCAGGCUGUAGUCACAGGGCAAACAAGAAGCAACACUUUGGAGCAUGGAUGAGGCAGGUGAGUUGAAAGCUGAAAGCUGGUGCAUGGGUGUGAAGGAGUGGGGUUGCCCAUGUAGCAGGAGGCCCGGAGCAUGAGCUGUCCUGUUGGGAAUGCCCUGUCUAGACGAUGGUGAUGUGGGCAGACAAACCUAGGGGAGAGGGGAGGUGUGCAGAGGAAUCAGGGCCCCAGGGCUGGCAGGAGACCCAGAGCAUGGGAUGUCCACAUGGGAAGGGUCACAGGGAGGCGAUCACCAGGCUACAAUGGGGCUGCAAGGUCUCUAGGGACAGCAUGUUCUGGUUACAUGGCUGAGACAGAGCACCCCCAAAUGUCCACAGGCCCACACUGCAGACUAACCUGAACACCUGGAAACAGCGGGAGUACCCCUUCCUCCUGAAAUGUUCCUCUACCGCCCUCUACUGAGAAAGCUUAACACCAUGUUCAUUAUGCAGCGGCUCCAUCCAUUGUUGCAAAGCAUAUAUUGAGGGGUGAAUUUGGAGCCCAGAAGCAAUAAGUUGUCAACUGGCACACAAGUAAAAUGGACUGUCUAGUAUAAAUUAGGAGAAGAGGGAAUAUUUAAUGGAUUUCUUAUUGAGGAUAUAACAUUUCCACUGAGGCCUGGGCAUUGAAUAAAAGUUAACCAGACAGAAAGUUGGGAUGAGCAUUCUCCAGGAAGAGAAGACAGCAUGUGCAAAGUCCCUGUUCUGGAAAAAAAAC